ACGAUAAAUAUGAUUUUAAUGAUUGCUUCAAGUUUUACUAUAAAUUACGUUUUGUUAGUGCCACUAACCGUUUUAAUCGGUUUAUUGACAUUUGUGUAUUUCUCUAAUUAUUUUCGUAUAUGUUAUUUUGUACUCAAAAUACGUGGACCACGAGCUUAUCCAAUUAUUGGGAAUGGUCUAUUAUUUAGAGGUUCUCUUGAAGAAAUGAGUAAAGUUGUAUUCGAAACUGCAAUAGAAUAUGGUCCACUAACUCGGCUAUGGAUGGGUCCAAUUCCAUUAUUGAUGACAAACGAACCAAGAAUUAUUCAAGAACUUUUGACAAAUGCAAAUGCAUUGGAAAAAGCUUGGUUAAUGAAAGUAAUGACAAGAACUAUGGUUGGAAAUGCGAUAAUAAUAUCAGAAGUGCCACAAUGGAAACGUAUGCGCAGUAUUAUUACAAGAGCUUUUACUACAUCAAUAUUAAAACCUUAUUCGAACAUAUUUGUUGAUAAAAUGGAUAUAUUAACAGAAAUAUUGGAUAAAGAAUUAAACAAAGAAAACACUUUUGAUAUUAGUAAAAUUUUGUCUAAAGCUGCCUUGGAUUCUGUAUAUGCAUCAAGUAUGGGUGUGAACAUGAAUGUACAAAAAGGUGAUUCCCGAUUUGUUGACGCUAUGCACAGAUCUUGUGAUUUAAUGAUUGGAAGAGGAUUAAAUCCUUUAAAAUAUCCAGAGACAAUUUACCGCUUUACACAGGACUAUAAAGAAUUAAUGCAAUGCAGGGAUGUUGUAUAUUCUUUAACCAAUAAGGUAAUUUCUGAGAAACGUAACAACUAUAAAAAUGGAAUCAACAAUAAUCAAAAGGAUUUGAAAGCCGUAAAUACAAAUGCAUUUAAAAAACCUUUGUUGGAUUAUUUAAUUGAUUUUACAGAAAAUAAUCCAGAUUUUACCGAUGAACAAUUAGCGGACGAAAUAAAUUUUAUAACUUUAGAAGCAAUGGACACAACAGCAAAACAAUUAAGUUGGGUCCUUUUGAUUAUGGCUCUACACAAAGACGAACAGAAAAAAGUUUACGAUGAAUUGUUUGAAGUGCUUAGCAACUCAAAUCGAGACAAAAUUGUUUUUGACGAUUUACCAAACUUGAAAUAUAUGGAAAUGGUAAUUAAAGAAGCUAUGAGAUUAUUUCCUGUUGCACCAUUAAUUGGAAGAGAAUUAACAAAAGACAUUCACUUUGAAAAUUAUACAAUUCCAAAGGGAACAAACAUUGCUAUUCCAAUAUUUUCUGUACAUCGAAAUGAAGAUUAUUGGGAGAAUUCUUUAAAAUUUGAUCCAGAGCGUUUUUCAUCUGAAAAUAUCAAAAAACAUCAUCCAUAUGCAUUUUUAGCAUUCAGCGCUGGUCCAAGAAAUUGCAUCGGUAUGCGAUACGCUUGGUUAUUUAUGAAAAUAGCAUUAGCAUGCUUAUUGAGUCGAUAUGAAUUCCAUACCAAUAUCAAAGAUAUGAGUGACAUAAGAUACCAGCUUGAACUAUCACUAAACGUAAUAGGGGGGCAUCAAGUACGAAUAACGCCACGUCAGAAAUGAAAUCAACGGAAUAUUAAGUAUAAUAAAA